AUUUCCAUCAGGCUGAAUUUUAUCGAAGAGAAGUAGCUGUUACCUCGAAAAAAACAAAUAACCACACAUUCCAAUCAAACAUCAUAAUCAAGCAGAUCACAUUUUGCAAAUCAAAUAUUUGUCUUCAAAUUAACUCAUCGCAUAUGAUUCAGAAAAAAAAAGACCGGAGUGGCGGAAAUUGCAUGUGACACUUGAAGAUGUUGCCUUGAAUGUUGCGGGAUGGUGAAAAAUGGGAGUUGGAAAGGAAAAGCCAGUACUUAAUUUUCAAGUUGGAAAGAAAAAAAAAAAGAAAUGUGAAAAAGAAGCAGCUGAAAACAGAUGUGAAUUAUGUUGGCUGAUGUUCCUGGGCACAUCUGUCCCCUGUUUUUGGUUCAUGAUAAGGGGGAUUCUCUUGUGCACAUUUUUAACGGCUGCAUUUACCCAUACACUCCACACUCGUGCUUAUGCUGACUAAAAGGUGAGGAGCGAUAUGAGUUUCUGGUGAACAGUUUGUGAAAUAUUGGGAGGGGUUCACUGACGAGUCACUCGCGCUCGCACUCCGGGAACAACUCUGGCUGAUCGCGCAGUUCUUAGCCAAAAGCGCGCACAUAUAGACAGAAAUUAAGUGAAUUCAUUUUUGAAAUCGCGUGUGAAUUUUUUAAAAGUGUUCUUGCCAGUGAAUUUUGCACGGGAAAUGCUAGUGAAUUAUCCCAAAUUUUGGAUAUAAUCAAUACAAAUCGCUGGAGUUUUUUUAGCAGGUGAAAUUCUUUGGCAGACGCACGUUUUCCUCCCGGGGCGGGAACCAUGGAGAACGUAAAGAGUCGCUUUCACAGAACGCAAAGCAAGGUGUGGUGGGCAAAUGAGCCACCGUCAAUUUAUGAUGUUCUCAGUCACCAUCAGCGGAGUCAUUUGUCGCCAAAUACAAGUGCUGAGGAACGCCAUGGAAGCCCACAGAGUCACAAGAGUCAGGAUUCGGGUUUCUCAGAUGCCGACACAUCCAAUAGGAAUUGCCUGGAGUCCCUGGAAAAUUCACCAAGAAGCAAAUUGACACCGAAGAAGGACGUUAAUUCACAGAUUAACGAACAUAUCAACCUCUCGAGAACCCCAUCAUCCACGGAGAGCGAAAAAAAGACUCCACCGACAGUUAUUCGGCGGCAUGUGGCAGAAAAUCCCACCAAAAUGCCACAUAUAAGACGAAUCUCUUUCUCAGCCUCUGAGGAUGAGGGUGACAGUAUGAGAUCCAAGAAGAAUUGUAGCCUUGUGCGCGGUAGAAUUGUUCAGAAGACACCCAGUCGAAAUCUCAUAGGAUACCUCUCACCUGUUACCAAAUCCCCUGAUGAUGACACUCACACUCGUGCUUCUAGUCAAUCUCCCAGUCAUUUCCCACCUGGAAGUACUUCUACGCCCAAUAGCAGUCCUUCGGAGGUAUUUCAGCGGCUCCCUGUGAUGGAUUUGAGGCAAGAAAGUCCUCGACUAGCGGGACACUCACUUUCAGUGGAACACUGGGUGGAAAGUCUUCGUACGGAGUAUUGCCAUGAGGUUCUCUCGACGCUUCAGAGUAAAUCUGUCGCUGCGGAAAUCACUAAAGCCAUGAAGAUGAAUGCCACACUCGCUGCCAGGCUCAUCAGACAUCUUCAGACCAAAGCCAUGGAUCUAGAGAGGAUUUUUAUUGAGGUGGAGACACUCCUUUGUACCAAAGGUGGGAGCGACAACUUACCCCAAUCGAUGGGAUUACUAGCCGAUAGUGUUACGGCUUUUGUGGAUUAUCUGGAAAGAAAAGUAUCACUGGAAGUGAAGGAUUUGGCUGAUUGUUUGGUAAAUAAUCGAGAUAUGGUGGCUGAUCUUCAAACUGCUUUGCCCAAUAUUGAUGACUUUGAGACAGAAUCUCUGCUAGAGGAUAUUCAUCUACUUAGGAGAUGUGUCCUGAUAACAGUUAGGAGAGUCUUUGAGAGCCUUUUAAAGAUUAUUGUAAGCAGUAUUGAGGAUAGUAGAAAUGAUUUAAUCCUGCGAGCAAAUCUCUGGACCAUUUCAAUGUUGUCUAACUUUGAGUAUCAAGGAUUUUCCUCAUUGAAUCCUGCCUUUGAGGCAUGUGAUACUGUGCGAGUGCUUCUGUUGGUUGUCGUGGAGUCUAGCUUUCCCUCAAUCCGUGCUUUAGCUCUGAGAGCUUUGGCCAGUGUAUGUUCCACAGAAGUAACAAUGAGGCAACUGGAACAGACGGGAGGAGUGGAGAUAUUAGCGGAAGUUAUUGGUCACCGAGGGAUGAAACGGACAGAACCUGAACUCAGAGAAGCAGUUUCUGUCUUAGCUCAAAUAACAGCUCCUUGGCAUGGUGAUGAACACAAAAUCAGGGAUCUCCAGGAAUGUCUUGAAUGUCUAGUUGAGAGUAUUACAGAUCUCGCGUGCUGGACUAAAUGUUGCCAGACAUUGCUACUCUGUACAGCAUGCCUGAAUAAUUUAUCUCGCCUCGAAGCCACAUCCAUUUACUCCCUCAUGGCUCAUGAAUCAAUUGGCAGAGUUAGGAGGGCCAUCGAAAGUCGUGGACCAGCUGUUUCCAUCUUUUUGCACGAGCAAAUGACGGGCAUAAUGCUGAAUAUGGUGGGAAAUAAAAAGUGUCACUACCACUUAUCCAAUCCAGCCAUUAUUAAUUUUCUCGGCCGAGUAUUUCACUCCCGUUUCUAUGCCAAAUUUCCAUCAAGAGCUGAAACCCUGGCACAGCGACGAACGGUGAAGAACAUCCUGCACACUCUAUCUCGCCUUAUUCAUGAAUCGAGCCUGGGAGUCGAAAUCCUGCGGAAGAAUGUUGUGCCAAUUUUUUCUGGUGUACAUAACACCAGUACCGCUGGUGAAUUUGAGCGUGAUAUAUCAUUCCUUAGUAGGAAAUUGAACCAGAGUCUGGGGCAGAAAAAUCACGCUGGAAGUGAUGAUCUGCCAGAAGAAACACCACUAGUACUUAAUUCGUCGACUGUGUAUCACUGUCGAAAGUACGAGAGUUACGUGUAAUUGUAAUUAAUUUAUGUAAAACCCUUUUUUGUACAUAAAUACAGGAUAAUUCAGUAAAAGUUCUACGGAAAUUGCGCAAGAA